AUGGACCUAUCUCUGACGCUGCCUGAUUUCCCAACCAAGUCUUACACGCACUUACUACCACUGCUUGACCGGGCUGGCAUCACGCUCAAGGAACUGCUAGUCCUUGACGCCCUCGAGAUUGCAAAGGCUUGUCGCGCGCCAGUGACAGAUAUUCGAAAGUUAACGGCACAUGUUCUUGAUGCUCUCCGCCAGGAUCUUGGAUUAGGAGCCGGUUCACGAAAGAAUCGAGAUAAUAAUGGGACGUACCAUUUGAAGCCGAGAGGUGACAGUGAUGACAGAGCCGCGGAUGAGACGGACCGCCCUUCAGUAGCUGGAAAUAGCGCGCCCAAGGUGCUUCACCCACCUGCAACAGGACGAAUCAGCACUCUAGAUCCAGUACUCGAUGCUGCUUUGAAUGGAGGCAUAUCAACUGGAUAUUUGACUGAAGUGACCGGAGAAAGUGGUGCUGGCAAGACUCAGUUUCUGCUCCACCUGCUUCUCUCUGUCCAGCUGCCCGCACCCCAUGGCCUGUCAAAAAAUGCACUAUAUAUAUCAACGGAGUCAGACCUUGCUACAAAUAGGUUGAGUCAACUCUUGAAUGAGCACCGGACUAUCCAGGCCCUUCAUCCUCAUACCCCUCGUCCAUCCCUGGAUAACAUAUACUCUGUUACUACCGUCGACCUUGAAAGCCAGGAGCACAUUAUCAACUAUCAAAUACCGGUGGCAAUUUCACGCUAUAACAUAGGAAUUGUGAUCAUUGACUCAAUAACAGCGAAUUACCGUGCUGAAAGCUCUACGGAGAACGUAUCCGGGCUUCUUGAGCGGUCUGGACAAUUAAAGAAGCUGGGCCACUUCCUCCGCACCUUGGCCGUGACACAUAAUAUUGCGAUAGUAGUGGCUAAUCAGAUAUCGGAUGGCUUUGAAAGUACACUUAGCGAUCCCUUUCCAGAGGAAGCUCGUGACGGCUCUGGGAGCCCUCUGGAGACGCCUUCUGCUAGUGCUACUCCACCAUUUGUCCCAGCAUCUCAGCCUUAUCAGCAACCAAAAUCAGUUGAGAAUAAUUUACUACGGGGCUCUUCUGCCAAUUCGCCCCAAGUAAACUUGGGCCCUUGUGAGAGUAAAGAGGAUAUCUGCAAUAUCCCGGGUUUUAAUCUGCUUCUCAGCCUCGAUUACCAACAGCCAUUUUUUACCGGUUGGGCACAAACCCCUCGCUCAUAUCUCAGUGACGGACUACUUGGGACGCCGAGAGGGUUCAAAGUCCCUGCGUUAGGGCUUAUAUGGACUAACCAGGUAGGCUGUCGAAUCGUUCUGAAAUCGAAAAACUCGUUUCAACCAGCAGAUAAUUAUUCACCGAUGCCAAUGGUCCAAAAUUCGAAAAUUGAUAUGCGUAGGACAAACCAUGACGCUCCAAACAGAAUCGUUGAAACUCCGAAUGAAAAGGAUACAGUUACAUGUAGCGACCGAAACGACCCCGAUCCAUCUGGAAAUACUCAAGAGAAUGAGGCUCAGCGAAACACAGAACAGGAUUCUACACAGCCCCAGCCGUCCUCAAAUUCCUCUCAGGAAAGCUUUGCUACCUUGGGAGAUGAGUCUUGGAGUGACUACACACUUAUACCCGCUUCCCAGUAUAGAGGACGACUACGACAGAUGCAAGUCGUAUUUUCGCCAUGGACUUCCGGGAACCCAGAGCAGAGCCAUGUCUCUGGUGGCAGGGACGGGGAUACUCAGCACGAUGAGGGACAAUCUUCUAUCAAGACAGCGUUUGAUCCAAUGUAUAAUUCAGCAGAGUUUGAAAUCCUACCGCAGGGGCUGAGAGGCCUAGCCAGGCAGCCGCUCGUCGGUAGCUAG